AAGAACAGGUUUGGAACUCCGCCGAAGUGUUGCAGGAAGUUGUGCAUGACGGCUAGAUAGGCGUAAUGGCGCCCCUAGAUUUGGAUAAGUAUGCAGAGAUUGCAAAACAGUGUAAAUACCUCCCAGAAAAUGACCUCAAGAGGUUAUGUGACUAUGUGUGUGACCUGCUGCUGGAGGAGUCCAACGUUCAGCCUGUUUCUACACCUGUAACAGUAUGUGGUGACAUACAUGGACAGUUUUAUGAUCUCUGUGAGCUCUUCCGAACUGGUGGCCAGGUUCCAGACACAAAUUACAUAUUUAUGGGCGACUUUGUUGACAGAGGCUAUUACAGUUUGGAGACGUUCACCUACCUGCUGGUGCUGAAAGCAAAAUGGCCCGACCGUAUCACACUUCUACGUGGUAACCACGAGAGCAGACAGAUCACCCAAGUUUACGGCUUUUAUGAUGAGUGUCAGACCAAGUAUGGGAAUGCAAACGCCUGGCGUUAUUGCACCAAAGUGUUUGAUAUGUUAACAGUUGCAGCUCUGAUGGACGAACAGAUCCUGUGUGUCCACGGAGGCCUCUCCCCAGACAUAAAAACUCUAGAUCAAAUUCGAACCAUUGAGCGGAACCAGGAGAUCCCCCACAAAGGAGCAUUCUGUGAUCUGGUGUGGUCAGACCCUGAGGACGUGGACACUUGGGCCAUCAGUCCCAGAGGAGCAGGCUGGCUGUUUGGUGCAAAGGUCACAAAUGAGUUUGUUCACAUCAACAACCUGAAGCUGAUCUGUAGGGCACAUCAACUUGUCCAUGAAGGCUACAAGUUCAUGUUUGACGAGAAGCUGGUCACCGUGUGGUCGGCUCCUAACUACUGCUAUCGCUGUGGCAACAUCGCCUCCAUUAUGGUCUUCAAAGAUGCCAACACAAGAGAGCCAAAGCUUUUCAGAGCAGUGCCUGACUCUGAAAGGGUCAUUCCGCCUCGAACAACAACACCUUAUUUCCUGUAAGCACAUUAAAACCAAACGACUGGGACAGGGGCAUCAGCACUUGUGUACCCAUAUGAAUUUUGUAUAGCACAUUUAGAGUAUUUACAGUACAUUUCAUGGUGCCAAUUGUCAAUUAUUAUUCACACUCUGGCAUUUAAUGUCCUUAUCGCAGUAUAAAUUGCAGGUUUAAUUACACUGAAGCUAGUUGUCUCAACAGCAUUGUUAUGCUGUUGAAUUUUUUUGAGGAAAGAUUAAAAUGUUCAUAUGUAUAAAUCUCCAUUUUACUUUACAAAACAAAUUCACAUUCAAGUUGCAGUGCUAUAUAUGUUUCAUCUUCUCUUGUCAUGGUAAUGUAUUUCAGCUGUAAGAUGAUAAAGCACUGCACAAAAACAAAAACUGCAUCUAUUCUGACAAAUGUCAGUGGAGUUGUAGACUUAUACUAUUAUGUGAGCUUAUAUAAUGUAAGCCUAAGAGGUUAAGCCUAAGAUUAGGAAUUUCACUUUUGUUAAGCCUGUGGUACCUUAAAAUAUUAUCUGUAAUGUCCAGAUUUGGAAUCAGCUCCUGUAAUUAUUAUUUUUUUGUGUGUUAUCAUUCUGUUUUUAAAUAAAGAAAUCCAAAAAUUGUA